AUCUCAAUUCUAACAAGGGUUUAUUGAUGGCCAAGCAUUUUGUUCUUACGAAUGAAAUGUUAGGGGAUGAUUACCAAUAUCUAAGUCCUUCAAUUUUGGAUUCUGGAAAACAUGAAGAACCAGCUGAUUGGGAUAAGGAUUCGCCCAUGGAAGUUGAAAAUGAAAAGGGAACCUCAAGAAAUGAAGCAGGUAAGAUGUUCGAUGAUUCUUCUUAUGCUCGUGUGGAUAAGGAAGGUUUAGAGAGCAAUGGAGGAAUAGUUUUUAACACUACUAUUGGCAUUGUCAAUUUUAGCGAGCCGAGAAAGUAUUUUUCUCCGGUAGUUGCUUCUGAGGAGGAGGAAAAUUCAGAAAAAGAUGCAGACCAAACAUUCAAUAAAUGUCUUCAAAGAGCCAGGCAGAUUCAUCAAGAGGUUUUCAUCCCUGAAUGUGAUGUAGAGACUGUUGGUUCAGUUUUUAGUUAUGGUCUUGAUGAAAAUAAAGAGGGCCAGGUGUUUGAUAUAUAUUUCCAGGGAGACAAAGCGGGAUUUUCAUCUAAUAUUGCGACAUUGAAUUAUGGAGCUCUUACUAAAGCUGAAAAUGAAACCAAUUGGAAAAGUUUUGUGUUAACAAAACUCUGUCUAUCUAAGGUAAGAGGAAGAUUCUCUAGUGCUAUUGAUAAAACCAUGCGAGAGGAGUUGAACGGAAGCGAAGGACUCAAGAUAUUAACUCACAGGAGCUUCAAGAACAAUGUGACACAUUGGUUCGAGACAAUUAAGCCGCUACCUGACAAGUUAGUCCGUGAUAAUGUGGCAAGUCGAAGAGAAGAUGUGACUGAAGGUUCAAGUUCCAGUGAGAUCACAUUGUUGCCUCCGUUAGGUGGGAGUUCUUUUAUGAAUAUAUACUUCAAGUUUCGUGUGAUUGAAAAUUUCAUCAUAUAUGCCAUAAGGUUUUGGGUUCACAAUCCAAAUCUGGGAAUUUUUUGUGAAAAGUUUAUGAAGCAAAUCAUAAUGAAUUAUGUUAAUAGAGUUAAUGCCUGGUUUGAAAGUUAUUUUGGUUCAUGCAUUUGCGAAUUAUUUGCCACCGGACAGAGAAAGGCCAAUGGGUUCUCCCUCAAUGUUUCUAUCUGCAAUGUUGUGAUUGGAAAAUAUAUUAAGUCUGCUAAAGUAGGAGAUGUUCAGUUUGUUCUCAAGGAGGUGCCAGAGAAGUUCAUAAUAAGAUGGAAUGUAAUUGCUGGUUAUGCUCUCUAUUCUUGUAGUAAUUCUAACUUGUUGCGGAUUGUUUCCUCAUUUAAAAUGUGAGAAAGAAAAGAAUGAUGUAUUUGGUGGAUCUUGCUGCCUCUUUAGACUUGCAACUUGGUCCGGAAGCUGAUAUCUACGGAUACAAGGUUGUGCUUUUCUGGCUAGUCUCACUAAAUAGAUUGAAGCUCAUACUCUCCCAGUGGAAUAAGGAUUUUGGUUUUGGUUCAUCCAAACAUGUAGAUCAAUUUCCAUUUUUGUCAAUUAUACACCAGAAAUGGUUGCGGCAGUAUUGCAUUAUUGGUGAACAAUUACUUCCUACCUGGUUGAAUUAUUUGUCCUAUAAUUUGAGGCGGGUAACGACUGAAUUCUCGGUUAUAAUUCGUAAGAUGCAAGAAAUGAUUGUGCUAGAAUCUGGUACCUUUGAUAUACUUCAGAUGCUACAGGCAGUUGUUUCAAAUGGCAUACCAAUGGUUGCAAGGAGAUUAUACAAGUUUCGCAAAGAGGUGCAAAAAGAACUUGGAAUUGGAGAGGAUGUAAAGAUCAUAAUUCUGAAAUUUGGUGGACAACCUGCAAGUUGGAAGUCGGAAAUACAGCACUUGCCAACUGGUUGGUGGUGCUUGGUUUGUGUUGUAUCUGAGAGACAGCAGCUGUCUCCAAAUAUCAUAAAGCUCAGAAAAGAUGGUUAUGGUCCUAAUAGUAAGGUCUUGGCUUACAAGUUACUGAUUGUACUUGCCCAUAGAGACUAUCUUACUGAAGAACUAUUUCUCAGAAAUAUGCUUAAGAGCUAUCAAGGCGGUGAAGUUGCAGCUAGUUUACAAGAUAUUGCUUAUGGUAAAAGCUAUAUAAUAGACAAGCUGAGCAGGCAACAUGAUGUAAUGGUUCUUGGAUAUCAGUCGCAAAGAAUGCAUAGAAGUGAUUUUUAUAUUCCAGAUUGGUAUUCAAAUGCGGACCCAACUAAUAUAGAGAAGUGCACCAUUAGAGACCUCAUAGCUGUUGCUGAUCUUUUCAAUUGUGAAAAAGAUUUUGUUGUGGCAAAAGCAUCUAGAAGGCCAGCUGGCAUGGGUGGAAUUUCUUUUCUGGAAGCUUACAAAUGCCUAUUAAAGAAGCUGUUUAAAGGUUUAAUCCCUUACCUAUACCAUUGAGGUCUCAUUCGGAGAAAAAUUGCAGCACUGUUUCAAAGAGCCUGCUAUGUUGUUUGUAGCCUUUUGAGAUUUCAAAACUGUGGAGCAUGGUCUAAUCUUGAAGAAGGCCUAAUGGGUUGUUGGAGUAAUUCUGUCGUGGGCUUCACUAAUUUUCACGUUUCCAAAAUCCCAACCUUGAGGACAAGGUUGUUUUAAGGGGGAUGGAAUGUAACGAUUUGAUGAAGAUGUGGCUACAAGAUUCAAAUAGUUUUUCGGAGUUAUACUUUAGUACUAAAAUUAAUAGUAAUUUUUUACUUUCACCCCAUAGUUAGUUUUUUUGCACAAUUUUCCCUUUCCUUUAAAUACUGAUGUAUUGAACUUUUUAGAGGAUGUUGAAUGAAAAAUCAAUUUUUA